AUGUCCUCCUUAGAUGACCUGCGCUCAUGUGGCCUGCCGUUGGUGCUGUCUUCCGCAGUGCUCCUCACCAAGGUUGUCACUGCAGCGCAUCCGAAGGGUCCGAAGGAUCCGGUCCCGACCAAUCCGGUGGCAGACAACGGAGCGAACGGAGCGGAUGGGUCGGUGGAGGAGGUGCAAAAGGCCAUGGAAGACAAAGCCAAAGCACUGAACCUUUCAUCCUUGCUGUUAGCGGUUGAUGCAGAUCCUCCAUACUAUGAGCAAUCCCUGGAAUGGAGACGUGACAGAUUGAGUGCCAAUUCUGUGGAGGAAUUGUGCAAGAGCGUGGUUUUGGAAAACACUAAGCUAGAUGCCAGCAGUGAAGCAGGCCGUGUACGCUGUGUGCUGGUGAUUGUACAAUAUGUGGCAAAGCUUCAUAAGGAGAAACUGAUCAAGGUGGUUCAAGGGAUGGAAAGUGCAAAAGGUCUUCCACCACUUGGAAAGAAACAGUAUAACAUGCGACUUUUGGAAGGAACUGCUUGUCAAGAGAUGACGGGCUGCGGGCACAAUGCUGUGACACCACUGGGGCAGGAUCUUCCCAUGGUGCUCAGCGAUGAAAUUACCAAGCUGGCCUCUGGUCAAUUCUGGUUGGGUGGUGGCCAUGUCGAUUUAAAGUUGCGCCUCAAUGUCGAUGAAUCCGUGAAGAUCUUUGGCUUCACGGUGGCCGAUGUGACGUACAAGAAGAACUACAAGCUGGAGAAAGCCGAGGCCGUGCUGCUUCGCUGCACGCGCAAUGCGGAAGAGAGGAGCGGUGCUUGGCUGGUGAAGUACUUGAAUCACAUCUCCCAGGUUCGGAUGAAGCAGAGUCGCGACGUGGAGGCCAUGGAGAUGAUGUACGAAAUGGAGUCCUUGGCCAACUUCCCCAUGCACGAGCCGGGGGCAUCGGAGUUCUACGAGACGCUCUACCGCAACAUGAGCUCAUCCCUGCGGCGCAUGGGGCGCGAGGAUGAUGCUGCGGUGUACUUCAUCAAGAUGGCAGAGGCCUCACGAUACCACAAGAAGCAGCUGGAUUGGAUGGAUCUCUGGGAUUUGGGGAUCCUGAUCGCCAAUCGUGCCUAUCAAGCUGGAAGGUGGCCCGAGUUCUACAAGUCUCGCGAAAUCAUAGCUGAGGUGCAUAGCUGGGAUAUUGGCUUGUCUAAAAUAAAGCAGCCCAAUAUCCCAUGGUUCGAGCAUGAUAUAGCCAUAGGCCAUAGCUCAUUUGGAGGAUUUUUUGGGUACACUGGUACACUACAUGUAUUGACCAACUUUAGAGGAGACAUUGGCAGUCACACCCACACAUUCAGACACCAAAUAUGGCGCGCACACACACACACCAAAUCUAGUUCCCAAAAAAACUGGUGUCAGGAACUUUAUAUUAUAGUUCUUGCACUAAUAUGGUUCCAAGUUUGUGCCAAAUUUCGUCACCGCAGAUUUUGCUCAAAACACGAGCUUUGA